ACCCACACCCCGGGUACUCCGGGUAGAGCCGCGGAGUGUAGAGCAGUCGUAGCCUGGACGCCGCGAGCAUCGCACGCCGGUCGCGACCGAGCCCAGCCCGACACCCCGACGCCGAACUAACUGGGAUACCAAAAGUGCUGUGUGUACAGUGUGUGUGUGUUUGUGUGUGAUCACCCAUUUUAUAUAAUAAUCGGUUUCCGAGUGCAUCGCGACAAUCACAACAACGUGACAAUCAAACAUCGGUCGUUUAUCAGAAAUAUAACAAACGAAAUAUGAUAUAGCGACAGUGCGAAGGCUAAGUGUGUGUGACUAGUGAUUGAUAUAAUUAGUUCUAUUUAUGGUGUGGUGAUGUUAUGAAAGUUUUCGCAAAACGAUAAAAGAUGGCGCUGAAAAUUUUGGCGGUCGCCAUCUUGGUUUUCGCCGGCUGUCCACGCGCUAGCGCUGAAAGAGAACACGCGUCAGCACUUGUCGGGGAAACAGCGCGUCUGCGAUGCCGGAUCGAUGGCAAAUCAUGCGGCGAGAUGCACAGCAUCAAAUGGUACAAAGCUGACACCAGAGUCUACGUGUACUCUGCCUCGAAAGACUCCCCCAUCAACCGUCCUGAAGGAGAAAUGGUUAACAGGAUUUCGAUAGCCCACGAGCCAAACGCGACUUCAGCUGAGCUGGUGAUAAACGACGUCAAGGCUGAAGACGAGGGCGUCUAUCGAUGCGAGAUCACGUACCUGCAAGUAGGCGAGGACUGUAACACAGUGCAGGUUACCGACUUCCACACUUACAUCAAGCCUAAGGCGGUGGAGCUGAUAACGGGAGAGAGGAAGAUCCUAGUGGACGGUGAGGUCCUCGGACCGCUUCUGGAGCGAACAAAGAUCAACAUCAGCUGUAUCGUGAGAGAAGGAAAACCACAGCCCAAGGUCGUGUGGUACUUCAACGGAAAGGAGAGACUCGAUGCCCAGACGCAAACUCCGGACAACAGUACCGUGAUCCACACGCUGUCGCUAACGGUGACGAGAGAAGAAAUAGGGGGGAAGCUUCAGUGCACUGUUUCAUCGGCAGCUCUGGACAAUCCAAUUACAAAGAAAAUAUCCCUCAACGUCAAAGUGCCACCGAAUAAGACCUUUAUUUAUGGUGACGAGGAGCACGCGACCCACGGCACUCUCCUGACCUUGAUGUGCACAGCUUUGGGCGCAAGACCAGCCGCCACAAUCGAAUGGUUCAAUGGCACUAAGAAACUGAGCCCCGACGAGCAUAACAUACAUCAGCGGCAAAUCGAAAUGACUGAUACGACUUUCAAAACGAUUUCCAAUCUAACGAUCGAAGCAACGCGCUUUGAAAACGGCCAGAAGUUUCACUGCGAGGCUGCCAAUGAGGUCACCAUCGAGACAAAGGAUCAUCCCAUGCACGCCACCAGAGAACUAGAAAUUUGGUAUCCGCCGAUAGUUCGUGUUGAACCGAAAAACAUCACAGUGAUCGAAGGCUCAAAACUGCUCCUCAAAUGUGAAUACGAAAGCAACCCUUCAUCUCUAAGCGCCGUAUUUUGGUUCCGGGAUGGCGAACGAGUCAACGUGAAUGACACAGCACACUACCAAGGGGGCACCACGGAUCAGCACUCGCUCAUCAUCAUGAACGCCAGAGGAGUCGACAUGGGAAACUAUACUUGCCUGCUGACGAAUUCUGUUGGAAACGGCACCAGCGAGGACAACAUCGUCGUCAACGUGCUUUACAAACCCCAAGUUCGCCUAACCAUGAGCUCUCCAAGUCCUAUCUUAGAGACUGACCACAAGAAUGUGACUCUGACAUGCGAGGUAGUCUCCGGGAACCCACCGACGCUGGACGAAGUAAUUUGGUACCUGGAUGGGGAAGUGUUGAAGCAUCUUCCUGACUGUAAUGGAACUGAUGGAGAUGAGAACCUUUGCAACGAGGUGGAUCCAUCGAUGCUGCUUCUACAGGACACCACCAAGAGUUUCCAUGGGAAUUACUCGUGUAAGGGCAAGAACUUCGCCGGCUGGGGAGACGUCAGCGAAAAGACCGAGCUGGUGGUCAAUUAUCCACCGGGGCCAGCAAAACUGACAUAUUCACCGUGGCGCGUCAUCAAAGGCAAGAGUCUGGUACUGAGUUGCAGCAUUGAAGAAAAAGGAAGACCAGAGGCCAACAGGUUUAAAUGGCAUCGAGGCGGUAGACUGAUCACCGAUAUCGUGUCCCAGAACUGGACCAUAGACCCGGUCACGUUGGAUAAUAGAACGAACUAUUCCUGCCGCGGCGUCAGCAUCGGCGGCAUGGGGGAGCCAGCCACGACCUUUGUGGAUGUCCUUGCCCCGCCGAGCUUCCAGUACGCCAUGAACCAUUACAGCGGAGCUUUAUAUAAAUCUCAGAACAUAUCGCUGUCAUGCACGGUGGAGUGCGCCCCGCCCUGCGGCGUCCAGUGGCUCAAGGACGGCCAGGUCAUCAGCGAGGACAACGAGCGCUACUACGUGGAGGAGACGGCCAUCGCGCCCCAAGCCAACCGGAACGACUUCGAGGCCACGCAGUCCGUGCUGCGCUGGAACAUGUCGGCGUGGCCGGGCGGCGCUCUGGACCGCGCGGCGGACGCGGCCAGCUACACCUGCCGCUCCUCUAGGAACCUAGCCGGGCCCCCGGUCAACAGCACCACUAAGUUCGCAGUCGAAUACGAGCCAGAGAACAUAACGGUGACUCCGAGCAUCGUCUCCGUGGUGGAGAACGAGGUGCCGGCCAAGGUCGUCUGCUCCGCCAGAGGUUUCCCGACGCCGUCGUACUGGUGGAGGCGCGAGGACGCGACUCGUAGUCGCGGCAAGGCGCAGCGCCCGCCGCUGUCGGCCUCCGGUACGCUGCUGCUGGGCGCCGUGCAGCGCCGCGACGCCGGCCGCUACGUGUGUGAGGCCUACAACCGGCAUGGCGCCGUCAGCACCGCCGUGCUGCUAGACGUCCUGUAUAUUCCUGAAUGCGGCAUACAGCAGACCAACAUCGACGGCGAACAGGUGCUGGUCUGCAGCGCCAAGGCCAACCCAGCAGAAGUUUCCUUCAUGUGGAAACUGAAGAAUGUUAACGACAGCCUAACGGAUGAGAAGAUAUGGCAGGCCGGGACCCAGAGCUAUCUGCGGCUCAGUCCUGGUGUGGACGUCUACAGGACCUACUUGUGCUUUGCGAACAACAGCGUGGGCGUCUCCAGGCCCUGCGAGCGAGAUGUCAUGGCUUCGAAAGUUUGGUGGCGCGACCAACAAAAGCUCCUGAUGAUCGGCGGUAUAGCACUGGCGGCACUCGUCCUGACCGUUAUCCUGUGCAUCAUAAUAAUAUGCAUAUGCCGGCGGAUGCGCGCCAAAUCCAAAUGCCCUCCUACGAAUGGCGUAGAUAAUGCCGCGAACGGCAACCUUGGGGCGGAGCACCCGGGUCUCUACGAGAACCUGCCGUUCCACGGUCUCCAGCAACCUCCGAACAAGCCUUACCGGCCCGAGGACCAGUUCAUCUACGCCGACGCCGACCUCAAGGACUACGGGCCCAUCAACUACAAAGCGGCCUCGAUCUACGCCCAGAUGAAGAAGGUGAAAGAACAACAACAACUCCAAGAGAUCUACGAGAAAGAGAACCCGGAGAGUGACAUGCUGUAGUCGGCAAACAGUUGCAGAUGUUUCCCCUCGACCAGAGCCCCCAGCCCCACCAGUGCUAUCCGACUGGUCGGCCUGGGGGCUCAUCUAAUGCUGGACUUACUACUCACACUCGGAUGUAAGCUUCUCUAUCACGUGAGGCGAGUGGCAAGUGCGACCCUGCUGAUACUAAUUCCAAAAGUGAACGCUACCACCUUGAGACUAGAGCUGGAUUUCUCAAAACUAAUAAAAUGAUCUAACAUUCACACUGAAAUUUCGCGGCAGAAGUUUGGUCUGUCAGACAUCCGGGAUCAACCAACAUCGAAGCUAUCUGUGGUGCAAAUAUCUUCUACCAUCUACAGUUUACGAGCGAAACGCUAUGUCGGAUCUUUGUAUCUAAAACGCUAUGAACUAUUUAGUGUACACAAUCAAUAUACUACUAAAAUACUAAUCAACGUGCUUCAUUUAAUUUCUGGUCAUUGUGGUAAUUUAACUGUUAGCCCUGAUGACUGGAUAAGGAACUGGUGUCUGCUGGCUUUCUCACGUAUUUCUGCUGAGACACGGUCCAAGGAAGGCGCAGGACAACAAUUACCAGACCGAGGAUAUCACGUCUGAAUACGCAGUGGUGAUGGUACCGAACCAGUAUAUUCAAUGACCGUUCUGACAACAGUAACUAUGAACUUGCGGAGCUUAGUGACGUCCAAAGAAACGACAAACUUUUUGCCAACUAAGCACUCUCGGAAAGCUCGGAGCGUAUUGUAACUGAAAUUAUUAUAAACCCCGCGCGUGUACAGUUCGCCUUAGAUUAAUAAUGGCGGCAAAAAAUUAAAUAUAAAAAAAAGAUGUAAAUAAAAUUUGUAAAUGGACUAUAGUUAAGCGGAAAUCACAGAUGACUUUAAGACGAAGUGACGUUAAAGUUUUUUUUUUACGUGAUAAAAACAUUUUAUUUAAAUUUCUUAUCAUUAUGCGAUGCUGAUUGAACACAUUUUAGGCGCAAUCACACGUUUGUUUAUAGGUUUUGUAACUGGUCACGGAGGGACCGCGGAGGACCCGAUUUCGCGGAGUACAUACAUAAUUAUUAAAGCUUCAAUUCAUCGUUUAUUUCAUUCAAUCUGGCCGAUAAAUGCAAUAAAAAAAAAUCGACCAGAAUCUAUAAAAUAAACAAAAUGAUUAUAGUUAAUUUGGUAAAUCACAUAUUUACAGUUCUGUCAGUCGUAAAGUAUACAUCCGGGGAAGCUUAGUACACAAUCACACGAACAAACACGCAAUUAUUAGAAUACAGCAGUGUAACGAGAAUCUAUUGCUUAAUUCACUAGACCUGCGGGACACCGCCUGGGUUGGUACCGGUGUCGAUGUGUAACGCUACGCAGUCGAAGGUUUUCUUAGAGCUUUCCAUUACGGAUACUCGAUUAGAACCUGUUCGGUGACUCCAAUAUUGACAUGACAAUGUCAUUGAAACAUCAGACUUUAAAAGGUUAAAUCGGUUCUAGCCCAUCGCCAUAUGUAUGCACGAAAUAGGAAAUAUCACUGUAUGUAUUUGUGUUUAUCCUAUUUGUUUAACACCUUCGAAUCGGCAUUAGAGGAAAUGGUCUCAUUACAGUACCAUCAGCUUACGAUAGGUACAGUACUAGUACAUUGACCAGAUAGGUGAGUACCACUUGCAGUCCCACGGCAGUCCCGACGCAGUCCCGACACAGUCCCAGCGCAGUCCCAGCAGGUUUUACUAGUUAGAUAUAAAACGCGGAGACUAGUUUCAAUGUAACCUUUACUAAUAGAGUCUGAUAGCAGUCCAACUGAGAUUGAACGAUCUGCGGAAUCCAUAGACGUUUGACGCCACAGCUUCAGAUCGGUGGUCGUGAUGUAAUCAGUCCUGCCUUUCAAUGCGUCUAACAUCAGCCAUGACUCGGCUCACACACAGUAGUAAAAAUAAUCAGAGUCGUUUGAAGUCUCUGUAUUGCCGGACCACAGUAACGUUUUUUUUUUCUUGCUUAGAUGGGUUAACAAACUUACUGCCCAUCCGGUGUUAAGUGGUUACUGGAGCCCAUAGACAUCUACGACGUAAAUGCGCCACCCACCUUGAGAUAUCAGUUCUAAGGUCUCAGUAUAGUUACAACGGCUGCCGCGCCCUUCAAACCGAAACGCAUUCGCAGAGUAAUGGUACCUACCUGCGCGGACUCACAAGAGAUCCUACCACCAGUAAUGUCUUAGCUUCACUUCUAACCACCUUCUUCCAUUUGGGUUAUUUUUAACGGGACACGAUCACUCGUGAAUAUAUGUUUUGUGAUUCAUGAAUAAGCCCGUCGUCAAAUCUUUUGUAAGCGCUUAAACUAGACCGAUCGGCAUUUACAUUAAUUUAUUUCUUAUAUUUGAAACAAAUUAGUUUUAUGUUUAUAAAACAACGAAAACACGAAUUUUAAUUAAUUUUAAGCGUACUACUACUAUUCUGUAUUUAUUUGUGGUAAUUAUAACGUUGUUUUUUUAUUUGAUUAAUUUUCAUGUUGUGAUAAUAGUGAUGAGUUUUUUUUUUGUUGGAACGAAGUUCCUUAUGGGACGACGCGGAGGGGUACCCUAACCGGGAAAAAACGUCCGUAACGUAAGAUUUUUAUUAGUAAUGCAUACAGUGUACGACUUAACUUUAUAAUAACGUACAAAAAAUAACAUAUUUUUUUUAUCAUUCAUUGACCCACGAUCUCAGAGCGUUCGUUUGCGCAAUACACUAACUCUCAUGCAAGCAACCGUGAAUGAAGUGUACCACAAUGAGUUCGCACGUUACCGAAUGACCGUGGGUUGUUGCGAAACCUCCAGUUUUAUAUUCUUUAUACCUCGAAUAGAACUUAAAAUUAAUAUGUUUAUAAUAAGGAACUUCGUUCCUAUCCGGUGUCCCACGACACCAAACAUCUUUUAUUGUUGUUAAUUUUGCGGCGUUUAUAGUGGAAGUGUGAGCACGUGGUGGGUUGUCGGUGAAUGUUUUUACUUUCCCCUGAAACCGGACGAUGGGAUCGCCUCUCUUAUUGCGAAAGCUUUCCUCAGUUUGCCGCUAGGGGCGCUGUUCCAACUCCAUACAAACUUGAGUUAACUUUAACGCGAUCGAGAAGUUAAAAAGCUCGCACUAAGCACACCGUUUGUGUCGCUUGAAGUUGGAUUUUCGUCUCGUAGUGCUAACCAAAGCCCGUUUAUUACGAAUUCAAACGAAACUAUUUUUUUUGUUGUAUACCAAAUAAAUAAUUUAUUUCCGAUCAGCUUUAAAUAAAUAAAUAAAAAUAGUUAUAUAUAAUUUUUUCAUACAUACUUAAAUGUCGUACUAAUAAUGUUAAUUAAACUACUCUAUAAAUAGGGAAAAAUAAUCAAAAGUAUGUCGGCUCUCUUUCGUUUUGUCUUAGUAAAGAAAUACUGAAAUUGCUAUUUGAUUUAGCGGUUUUGUUAUCUUCAAAUAAAAAAAAUGCACUUUUAAUUUUGUUUGCUUUAAUUAAUUUAAAAAAAAGCCUAAUGCAUUCUUUUUUAAAAUUACCGUACUGUCAGAAAUCAUCUGAAGACAAAAUCACAUUAGGAAUAAUAAAAUCGAAAUGUUUUAGAACGAAAACAAUUGUAAAUAAAAUAAUAUUAAAUAAGUGAACUUGUUAUAAUAUUGUCAGAAUAGUGUUAAUAAAUAAAAAUUAUGGUUUUUA